UAAAAGAAAGAGAGAUGAGAGGAAUGAAAGGUGAAAUUUUGCUCAACAUCUCUGCAGAAAAAGCAUGGGAAAUGUAUAGGGAUAAUGAUAAAAUUAGCAGAAUUAAUCCACAAAUGCUUGCUAAAGCUGAAUAUAUUAAAGGAAAAGGAGAGCCUGGCAGUCUCAGAUGUUUCCAGCUUGGUCCUGCAUUAAGCAACUAUGUCAAGCAAUCAAUAGAAAAGAUAGAGAAGGUGGAAGAGGGGAGGUCAGUGACAUAUCAAGUCACUGAUGGUGAUUUGAAGAAAAUGUAUAAUCCAUACAGAGUUACCUUCUCUUUCAUUCCUGUGAGCAAUGAGCAAUGUGUAGCAGAAUGGAAAGCAGAAUAUGAGCCAAUUGCACCUACAAUUCCUACACCAGAAAAGGCAAGAGAUGCUGCACUAUCAUUUCUCAAAUUAUUUGGAAAAAUAGAGAACCAAGCUAUGUAAAACAAGGAGUUGAUAUCUCAGAUGGUCGUUCAACUAAAAGCUAUUAUCUCAGAAGACCGGUGAAUUUUUGAGAUAAUAACUAUUAACUGAACGGCUAUAUGAGAAAUCAGAAGCGAAUUCAGGAUCUAAGCUUUGUGAGUUCAAGCUUUAAAGUUUUUAGUAUACAGGUUGUUGUGUGUUUUUAAAGUCGUGUUUAUAUUGGGUUCAUAUGAGUCUGGUACUCUGUCGUCCGUUUAUGAAAUUUACGUUGUGUGUAAGAGUAAAGAGGUCAUUUUGUUACAUGUACUAUCCGAAAUGAUCUCGCUAAAUAAGCAGAGGUGGUGGAUACAUGAUGUGAAGUUCAUGAGCUUCUGCA